AUGGAAAAGCUAGACAUCGAGGAUGAGGACGCGACAAUAUUGAAGUUGCUCACGAAGACGUCGAAGGCUGUACAGGAAGCUGAGCUGUUGUUGUUUGAGGUCGGUUUUGACGAUAAAAUAAAAGAGUCCAAACGGCGCAAGCGGAAAUAUCGGGAAAUGGCUGCUCUGAAGCACAGCUUAUCUGAGAUGGCGCAAAUCCACGGUCGAAUUAAUGAACGGCUGAAGGACCUCGACAGUCUCAAUGCUACGGCGUGUGAGGGUUUGGUAGAAGACCUCAGGGAGAUCUCGGAGAUUCUCCUAUGGGGUGAACAGAAUUACCAUCAGGAGCUGUUCGACUACUUCUGCGAGAAGGAUAUGCUGAGCAGUUUUGUCGAAGUGCUGAGCAUGGCAACAGUAGCAGUAGCUGUGAAGAUUCAACUUUUGCAGACUAUGAGCCUUCUCACUCAGAAUCUGAGGACCAGGACUUCCCCUUAUAUAUGUCUGGCCCUUCGCCUCGAUCGGGAGAUGCUCACACUGUUCUUCCACAGUGAUCAUUUCGUUCUUUACACAGUCCCUAUACGCCUUUAUAACAGCGCUGAUGCAAUGGUGAGGACGUCAGUGCGGACGCUUACUUUGGCGGUGUAUCAAGUCGCUGACCGACCCUGUAUGGAAUUCCUGGUCGAUAAUAGCGGUGGAUAUUUCUCGCUACUUAGUAAGGAUCUGCGAGAACAGUGGCAGAAAUUGGGUGAUUUGAGUGUCUCUAAAAGGAAGGCCCAAACUAUUGUUGAUGAUGUUGUGGAUGUACUUCUUUACAUUGCUGAUAUAUUCACCGUUGAUAACCCCUAUAUUAGCCCUCUGUUGGACCUUCUGAGCACCAAGCUAUCGAUGUAUGCUUUGGAGCCUUUACUCUCACCGUCGUCUCGAUCACCGCAUGAGUAUUGUAGCAAGGCUCUGGCUAAGUUCAUAAUACUUCAAAUGGGACACUAUGUUGACGUCGGUGUUAUGUGUGAAAAAGUGAAGGAGUUUCGCAAGACUGUUUUCAAUGGUAUAAAGGAGGAGGAGGAAUCCCUGUUGGUUUUGGACGCAGCGAUGGUGCUUGAUUACCCAGAGCUGUCACUAAAUGUACCGCACCUUGCGGAAGUUUGCUUGGAAUUGAUCAAGGGAGGGUAUGGCGCACAGUGGCAUUUGAUUACUAUUCAAGUGCUGUUAGCUGUGUAUAAGAUGGUCGUUAGGGAAGAGCCCGGCUGUGUUGCUGAUGAGGAUAUUUGGAAAUGUUUUAGAAGUGUGGCUGAGGAAGCCCGAAGAGCUGUUUUUGAUGGGCCCAGGGGUAUGCUGUAUAGAGAGACGAUUGCUGCCGCUGUUGAGGAGAUUGGGGAGAAAGAGUCGACAGAAAGUAGGUAG